GGCGGGAGCAUGGAGCCGGGAGCGUCCCGCUAGGCACAGGGACCGCGCCGCCGCCAUGGAUAUCCGGAAAUUCUUUGGUGUUGUACCUCCUGGAAAGCGACAAGAAUGUGAGACUGUGAAAAAGAGUGAAAAAAUUAAAAAUGGUGAAGGACCCUCAAGUGGGAAGAAAAGGGAAAAGGAGACUAAGGUGAAUAAUUCACCCAGUGAAGAUGAUUCCAAACAAAAGCGGACAAAGAAGAAGAGAAGGAUAAUCUAUGAUUCAGAUGAAGAUGAUGAUUUUGCCAGUGAAAGAAUUUCCCUGAAACCCAGGGAGAACGGGACAUCAGGGGUUGGUUGUCCUGGAACAUAUUCUGUGAAAAAAGAAGCGGCAAAACCACAAGCUAAAAGCAAACCCCUCUCUCCAGUGAAACAGACUCCCACCUCUGCACUUGAUUUCUUUGGGACGAGGAGUGUCCAACGCUCAGAAAAGAAACUGGUAGCAAGUAAAAGGAAAGAGCCUUCACAGAGCAGAGACAGCACACUAGAUGAUGAGGCCAUUGCUAGGCAACUGCAGCUUGAAGAAGAUUCAGAGCUGGAGAGACAGCUGCAUGAAGAUGAAGAAUUUGCAAGAACUCUGGCCAUGUUGGAUGAAACACCACAGAAGAAAAAGGCUCGGAGAGAUACAGGAGAGCAAACAGUACUGAGCAUCAACAGCAGCCCUAAUACAACAACGGGAUAUAAGCAGUCAGAAAGAGUGAAAGCAACAGAGUCAGCUGGUGCAGCCAAGAAUUACUCUGCAAAGCCACAAACUAAAUCUGAACAGUUGAAAGAGAUUGCUGAAAAGGAAAGAGGUGCUCAAAAUUCACUAUCAAGAGAAAAAAUGGCUUCAGGGAAAGAAGAGAAGGCAACACCAAAGAAGGAGAAGGUUUCUCCCAAGAAGACUGAGUCUAUAAGUCCUGAGGACUCUGAAAAGAAGAGAAACAAUUACCAAGCUUACCGAAGCUUCCUUAAUCGUGAGGGUCCAAAAGCACUGGGCUCCAAAGAGAUACCUCAGGGAGCUGAAAACUGCUUGGAAGGCCUGACAUUUGUAAUUACGGGUGUUCUGGAGUGUAUUGAGAGAGAUGAGGCCAAGUCUCUGAUUGAACGUUAUGGAGGAAAAGUAACUGGCAAUGUCAGCAAGAAGACAAAUUACCUGGUGAUGGGGCGAGACUGUGGCCAGUCCAAAUGUGAGAAGGCAUCAACUUUGGGCACAAAAGUUAUUGAUGAGGAUGGUCUGUUUGAUCUUAUUCGAACUAUGCCAGGCAAAAAGUCCAAAUAUGAACUGGCAGCUGAAACAGAGGCAAAGAAAGUGGAGUCAAAACCCAGAAAGACACCACAGAAAGCUGAAUCUGGAAAAAGGAAUUUUAGCCCCUACAAAAGGGAAGCUAAUAAUAAAAAAUACAAGUCUACUCCUGAAAAGGGAGAUGCCAUCAGAUCUCUCAGGAAAGAAACCACAACUGUUCGAAAACUUACGGACUUUAAACGUCAGACUGUAGAGGAUAAAGAAGACCCAAAGCCUAAGGGGAACUUGGUUUCUGAGGUUAAUGAAGAUGGUACAGAGAGAUUGCUAUGGGUAGAUAAAUAUAAACCUGUAUCUCUUAAGGCAAUUAUUGGACAGCAGGGUGAGCAAAGCUGUGCCAAUAAACUGCUCCGAUGGCUCAGAAAUUGGCACAAGAAUAUCUUGGAAGAUGGACAAGCAAAACCCAGUAAAACUGGAAGCAAAGAUGAUGGGACAGGCUUUAAAGCAGCAUUACUCUCUGGUCCACCUGGAGUUGGUAAAACUACUACAGCUUCUUUAGUUUGUAAGGAACUGGGGUAUAGCUACGUGGAGCUGAAUGCCAGCGACACUCGCAGCAAGAACAGUCUAAAGGAAGUAGUUGCUGAAUCACUUAACAACACCAGCAUCAAAGGCUUCUGUUCUGGUGCAUCUUCAUCAGUUAGCGGGAAACAUGUAUUGAUCAUGGAUGAAGUGGAUGGUAUGGCAGGCAAUGAAGACAGAGGAGGGAUUCAGGAGUUGAUUGGUUUGAUCCGACACACGAAGAUACCCAUCAUUUGUAUGUGCAACGAUCGCAACCAUCCUAAAAUGCGCUCCUUGGUCCACUACUGUUUGGAUCUUCGUUUUCAGAAACCUCGUCUAGAACAGAUCAAAGGUGCCAUGAUGUCUAUUGCAUUUAAAGAAGGUUUAAAAAUUCCCCCACCUGCUAUGCAAGAGAUAAUCCUGGCAGCAAAUCAGGACAUCAGACAGGUUUUACAUAAUCUUAAUAUGUGGUGUGCAAAAGACAAGUCACUGACUUACGAUGAGGCUAAAACAGAUGCCAGCAGAGCCAAAAAGGACAUCAAACUGGGCCCUUUUGACGUUGUCCGGAAGGUUUUUGCUACUGGAGAGGAGACUGCUCGUAUGUCUCUUAUAGACAAAUCAGAUCUUUUCUUCCAUGAUUAUUCACUAGCACCUCUCUUCGUCCAAGAGAACUAUGUGCAUGUGAAACCAGCUGCUGCUGGAGGUAAUUUAAAAAAGCACUUGGUGCUCUUGAGUAGAGCAGCUGAUAGUAUAUGUGAUGGUGAUAUAGUGGACAGGCAGAUUCGUAGCAAGCAGAACUGGAAUCUUCUUCCGACACAGGCUAUUUAUGCAAGUGUUCUCCCAGGGGAGCUGAUGAGGGGUCACAUGUCCCAGUUUCCUGUCUUUCCCAGCUGGCUGGGGAAAUUUUCAUCCACAGGCAAACAUGAUCGUAUCAUUCAAGAACUGGCAAUGCACAUGAGUCUCAGAACUCAGACGUGCAAGAGGACAGUAAAUAUGGAAUAUUUGUCAUAUUUGCGGGAUGCACUUGUCCAGCCCUUGAAAGACUUAGGAGCAGAUGGUGUGCAACAAGCUGUAACAUUUAUGGACUCUUACUGCUUGAUGAAAGAAGAUGUUGAAAAUAUAAUGGAAAUAAGCACGUGGGGAGGCAAACCCAGUCCUUUUUCAAAGCUGGAUCCCAAGGUCAAAGCAGCUUUUACACGUGCCUACAACAAAGAGGCACAUCUGACUCCAUAUUCACUUAGUUCUGUCAAGGCAUCUAAAAGGCAGUCGGGGUCUGCAGCAACUUUAGAUCUGAGUGAAGACUUGAAUGUGGAAGAGAUCCAGUCUGAUGAGGAUGAGCAGGAUACUGUUGACAGUGAUGCAAUGAUUAAGCAAAAAAAGGUGAAGUCUUCCAAGUUGCCAAAAAGAGAGAAAAAGGAAGAAACAACAAAAAAAGAAGGAAAAAGAAAAGAGAAGACAAGACAUUUAGAGUAAAAUCUUGCUUUGGACACAGCUUUGCUUACCUAACUUCUGCCAGGAACAUGAAACAGAUGCAGUGCUGCUGCUGGGAAAGUAGAACUAGUGUGUUGAAAAUGCUCCUCUUAUAGAGGUGCUGUAGCUCUUGUGCUCUCACAUGAUGCCCUGCUGUGCUUACUCUUGACAUGGUACAUGUUACAAGCUAUAAUUGUCCUUAUGCAACAGGUGUGUGAACAUGCUGAAAAUGUCAUGUUUAGCUACCUGGCAUUUCUGCUGAGUCUUCCUAGGACUUCACUGCUUUUUUUUUUUUUUUAAAUACAAAUCCCCUGACAUUAUGUGGUGAAGUCUUGUAAAUAGUAUAUGAUGCAAAACCCCCAUAUCUGAAUGGCCUAUUUGUACAUUAUAGAAAUUAAGCAGUAUAUAAAAUUACAAUAAAUUGCUUCACAGGACUCUUUUAAAGCUUUGG